AUGGCCGCGUUGGUGAACUACUCGCCGGCGCCGGCCUCACCGAGCAUUGUGAACCACCUCAGCCAGCGGCUGGAUUUGGAUGCCAUCCACGGCCUGAUUUCCUCGGUGGACCACCAUGUUCACCGCUUCAUCUCCGACGAUGACGCCCGCGCCGAGCUCCAGGGGCGGUGCACCGCUCGUCUCGCGGCGGCCAAGAGGCGGGGGCACUUCGUGUUCUCCGAGGACUCCGUCUUGUCCAACCUUUACUGGGGCGUCGAGAACGUGGAGGCUGCCGUCAAGACGCAGGCCCCCGAAGAGCGCAGAGCCCGGCUGGUGUCCUCCGAGAGGAUGCUGCAAAUCCCGGCCAUGCUGGAAGAGGAAGGGAGUACGGCAGGGAUAUCCAACCGCUACAUCGUCUGCUGUUCAUACUUUUACCUCUCGCUUGUUCGGAGGCUCCAGGGGGACGAGUGGCAGAUGGCCAUUCACCUGCUUCAGGCCAUCAUCGUCUCCCCUCACUUUGUGCGGACGGAGUUCGCCCCGGGGCUCUGCGGUAAUCUUUUCGUCCCGCGGAUCGCUAGCGGCGGAUGCGAGGAUGCCGUGGACGAGGCAACCGGGCAACUUGCAAGGAGGUACAAGGACUGGCUGAUGUACUACAGGGUCCUGUCUUACGGCGAGAAUCCCCUGUGGAGGAGGGGGGUUCGCGCCAUCGAGGAGCCUGGAUGUAGAGACCCGCAGAGCUACCCGUAAGGACCUUUCCUUUUACCCUUUCUCUCUCUCUCUCUCUCCUUCUUCCUCUUGCCCGUUAUAACUGAUGCUCCUAUCUUCCCUUUGCCAAUGAUGAUUGAAAUCGGGACAUGUCGGGAUAUUGACAUCCAGCAGAAGGUGAUUGUCACAAAGUAGAACUCUUUGUUCUCGGUCUCGUGAUCGGAUAACACAAUGUAAGAUCUACGAGUUAGUGCCAUCCCGAGACCAAAGUUCUUGAACUAUUAGCCGAAAUAAACAAAGAAUCAGUGAUUUCAUUUUUCCUCCUGGCUUAAAGAUGUUAAGGGUCCAAAGCUUCUAGAGACGUUAUUUUCCUGGAGCUUUACAUGCAGUCCUUGGUCGGAAAUUAUGACAAAGCCAAGGGAGAGAGAAAUUGGUGGCAGUGACGAAUCCUGCCAUCCAGAGCGAAACAGGGAUCCUGGGGUGAAACUCCAAGUGCUGCUCGUAGAAUUUUGCCCUCUGCCCACCAAAUGAUGCCGAUCAGGUGAAGAAAGUUUCCAUCUGAUGAUCGUUCAAGAGGGUAUAAGUUAAUCGAGUGCUGUUCAUCCAUAAAUGAGGAACUCAAAGUUCCGACUCUUAUUUCUAUAUUUCUUAUUUGACUCCCAAAGAGUUGAUACAUUUUUUUUUCUUCUUUUUUUCUGUCGUCUCUCUAUUUGAGCCCAUGUUUUAGACUUUCCAACUUCUUCAACCACGUUGGUUCAAUUAUUCUUUUCUUAAAUGGCAGGCAUAAAAAAUCUCCGGGUUCCAGACACACAGGCCCAGCAGAGCAAGAAGGCUUCUGGCAGGUUUUUCAUAAAGUAAGUAAGAUUACUAAAAAUUUACGAGUUUCCUCGAUUCCUGCAUGGAAUUUCACUCGACUUGCCCCAAGGUUUACGAAUUUUGGCUUCCACUGUCUAGAUAUUCUCUAAUAAUAUGAAUCUUAUUUCUGCUUCCUGCCUUACUCAUAUCUUGAUAUAUAUAUAUAUAUGAAUGUUUAUUUCUCAUUAUCACAUCCAAGACCCUUAAUAUCGACAUCUAAACGAUAGCUUUAAUUUGGCUCACUCUAUGGUCACGUGCCAAGCCUCGGUCUGUUUAUCUUUCUCUGUAUCAUGCUUUAUUCAAUGUGAUGCCGAAGAUAGGAGUGAUUAUUCUUUCUCAAUGGCCUGGUCAUUCAUUGGCGUCAUGAAGCCUUGGAAUCCUUAUAAUGUGGCAGAUGUGGAGACACAUCACAGAUGUUUGCAUCUUGUUUCUGCUAUUACUUUGACUCACAAUUGUUUUAAAAAAACACGUGUUUAUAACCUGAUACAGUUAUGGUGCAAAUUCCUCAGUUCCUUGCAGAAGAUAACGAUGGAGAAAAAAGGAUUUCUGCUAAAGCUUCAGUCAGAAAUUUUAUAAGAAGGGACAAUUGUUUAGACACUGAGGAUGGAGUGAAUCUCUUCAUAAAGUUGGACUGUAGCAUCUACAAUGAAAACGGAGAAGACUUCGAUAUCAAGCAACUCCAGGAAAUGCUGGAGGAUUCUCAGUCAGAUACAUCCUGUUACUCUCAAGAAGAAAGUGACUCGGAGGUAAUUCUCUAAAAUAUAGGAAAAUGGCAUUCCUCAUAUUGCUUGGAAAAUAUUGUGAGGAUCAAGUUAUUAGAUCUUAUGGCAAGGGAUAUAUAUAGUAUGGAACAUAAAACUUGUGGUUUUGUUUGUUCUUGGACAUCAUAACUUCCUCUUUCCAUUCUUGAUUAUGUUUGAAAUGAUCUGGCAACUAUCCUUGGUCUUUACUGCGAGAUAUUCUAUUGAUAGAUACUUCCUGAACCAGGUGAGAAUGCGUAAGCGGGAAAAUCCAGCAGAGCUUCUAUCAGAAAAUCCAGAAUUAAAUUCUAGGCGGUGGGUUUGGAAUUAAGUUAGAAAUUAUCUUUCAAUAUAUUAUUUUCCAAAUUUAUUUUCAUCUUUUGGCCAGAGGCCUUGAUCACACUGCCUGGCCGUUAGCGGUUAAAAUUUUGUUUUCUGGAAAUCUGCAGCAAAACGCAAGGCGAACUGCCUGUAUCAUCUCCUGCUUGUGGACAAAUAUGUCGAGAUGAUGCUCGCAGAUGUCCUAUGCAAGCGUUUGGAUUGAAAACUAGCUAUAUUGUUUCAAGUAAAACGCUUGGUUCGUUCAGCGACCUAAGUCUGUCUGUGUUGGAUAUAAGAGAUGCUGGCCCGUGCCCUUCCUACAAACGCUAUUUGGAAAUAAAUACACCUCCAAGCAGGUCUCCUGCGCGCGAUUUCAGAUGUUUUGGGCAAUUUCCAUCUAAAUUUCUUAGAAGGUGCAAUUUCCCUGAGCUGGUUCAUUGUGGGAGCUUCACAAGGAAGAAACUCAACUUUUCAAGCAUUGAGAAGGACUGGACUGAUGGGCACUCAAGCAAUGAGAAUGAUAAUCGCAUCGAGUUUCUGGGGAGAUUUGAGAAGGCAGUUUCGACCUUAUGCUUCUCACAGGGUCUGGGAAAAUGUGAAGAUGCUGGGCUAGAAGUGACAUCCGUGUGGGAAAUGCUGACCAAUAAACCGGAGGCAGGAUAUGGUUCUCUGAAGCAAGGGAUUCUCCAUCAGUUACUUGAUAUAAUUUCCUCUUCCAAAGAAGAGAGAGUCAUUAGAACAUCGGUAUACAUACUUUUAGUCCUAAUAUCAGAAGACAACUCGGUGAUUGACGAUAUCAAGAAAAAGGAAUUACAUUUGUACUGCCUUGCUAGAGCUCUGAAGACAAAUGUACAGGAGGCCGUCAUCCUUAUCUAUUUGCUUAAGCCAACACCUUCAGAGAUAAAGGAUCUCGAGCUCCUACCUGCUCUUGUUGAGGUCGCAUGCAAUCCACGUCCCGGCUACAAGGGGGCCAACUUAUCGUUUCCACUGUCACCGAUAGCAGCCUCAAUUUCAAUGAUCGAGAUUUUAGUAACUGCCUUUGAUUAUGUGACAAAUAAUUUGCACUUGGCUGCAAUCAGUUCUCCCCAGAUUCUCUCCAAACUCAUCAGUGUUGCAAAUAACAAGAACUUGGAAGAAGGUGUUGCCUUGGCAGCUGUACUCGUGAGAUGUAUGCGUUUGAGUGGAAACUGUAGAAAGUUUCUUUCGCAGGUGACGCCUGUUGAUCCCUUUCUCCAUCUUCUGAGGAGCAGCGAGUUGCGUGCGAAGUACGCUGCACUUGAAUAUUUUCACGAAAUUCUUCGCAUGCCGCGGUAUGGCCAACUGUUCCAUGCACUGGGGGUUGGAUUGUGUACACUUUUUAUCUCUUUAUUUUACUAUAUACGCGGGAUGUCUUUCUAAAAUCUGACGAAAUUAUAGUAAAAACACGCCAUUGAUGAUGUCUUUCAAAGAAAACCCAUUUGCAAAAUUUGCUGUUGUGAGGGAAUAUAACUAUCAGUAUUUCAUCUUAUUGUCAAAACCAUCAUACUUGAAUAUGCCCACGUACAUUGUUUACUUGAUGGUAUUUCCAUGACACCUACGCAUCAUCUCAUAAAUUUUAAAUGUUUCAUAUUUUGUGAAUAAAGAGAUAAUGUACGCAUAUUUCCAAUCAUCUGUAGACGGAAAACUUGCCCUCUUCCAGAUCCCGACUGUAUUUAUUUAGACACUUCUUCCAAUGUGAAUAGAUCCUCGAAAUCCUUGCCCUGUGGGUUGGAAAAAUAUUGCUAAUACGUUUCUCCCUUUGGAAUGAAUCCCUUGCUUAUUAUUUCUGAGGCAGCUUUUGAAUGUCUAAAGGAUUGAAGUUCUGUCCUUCAUAUGCUCGCUAAUUUGCUCAUUACGCUAUGAUCUAUGCAUUCUUUAUUAUUAACUUUAAAUACAUCGUUCGUAUCUAUGCUUAAUCUAGGGGAGGAAUACUCGGAUUGACAUAGCCAUGGUGCGGCCUUGAAAUCUGUGGUGUUUUUUUGUCAGAUCACCCGCGAUUGUCUUGCUGCACCAGAUACGUCAGCAGGGUAACAUCAACAUCAUGCACACGUUGAUGUCUUGUGUACACCAAGCACGUCUAGAGCACAAACUUCUGGCUGCGAAUCUUUUGCUUCAAUUGGACAUGCUCGUAAGACCACAUUGUCACUCCAUCUGACUAGAGAUUUCCUGGAUAUGAAAGACCAGCUACAAAUGUUUUUGACCGACUUAUCCUUCUGAAAAAUUAUAUACUAGUCUUUCAGAUAGCUCUACCUCUUCUAACCUGCGAGAGUAAUGCUUAAUUUUACAGGAGGAUUCCCUUGGAAAAAGCGUAUUCAAAGAGGAAGCCAUGGAAGUUCUGCUCGAAGGGAUUGCAUCUGAAGAUACACCGAGUACCCAGAUUCUAUCUGGAUUUAUUCUUUCAAACUUAGGUGGAACAUAUGCUUGGACCGGUGAACCGUAUACAGCCUCAUGGCUUGUAAAAAAGGGAGGUCUGUCCUCCAACUGCCAUAGGAAUAUGAUAAAAAAUGUGGACUGGUGUGAUCCCUGCCUCCAGGUGUAGUACUAACGAGUCGUCUUCAAGCGUCCCAAACAACUAAAGUUCUUCUUUCAUGAUAUGUUUAUUUAAAUACAGUAUUAUCACUUAUGGAUAAUUUAUUAGGAAGCUGAAAUGGAUGCGUGGAGCAGCAAGGUUGCAAGAAGCGUCAUCAGAUUUGGGAGCUCCGUCUUCAAUGCCUUAGCCAGAGGAAUUCAAAGCAGGACGAGGAGCGUCUCUCGGGAUUGCCUCAUCGCCAUCACAUGGCUCGGGUUCGAAAUGGCCACUAUGGGACCGAGCAACUUAAGAUAUUCCGCUUGCGAUAUUCUACUGCAAGGGGUUUGGAAUUUUCUCCAUCCAGGGUGGGAGCUCGAUGAGAGAGUUCUAGCCUGCCAGUGUGUCUAUAAUUAUGCUUCAGGCAAAGGUGAAGAUCAUUUUUUAGGUUUCUCUAGGUUAUACACCAUGCAGCAGCAUCGUAAUUCUUCUGGGAGCAUGGGGGGGUUCUUUUUGCCAUUCAUGGCACAUCCUUAAUUGAUAGCUUUACCUCAUCGUUAAUUUUUUUCUAAAAUUAAUGGUGUUUAGAUUAUGAGUCAUGUCGAUGCAUGACCUCUUUUAAAAUUCUCUGGUACUCAGGCAUGCAGAAAGUGAUGAACUUCUCUGAGGGCCUACGGGAGUCAUUUAGACGCCUCUCAGGUGUCACAUGGAUGGCUGAAGAAUUGCUCAGAGUCACUGAUUAUUUCCUUCCUACCAAAGCGGUGAGCGCAAGUACAAAAAAGUUUCAUUUUUUUUUCUCUCCACGCACCAAUUUUGACAUUUUAAAUGCUUAUUGUCACCGUUUAUCCCAUGAGAAUCGUAACCGUAUGAUUUCACAACAUAUACGUAUUUGAAGUUGGGUAACCAUAGGCUCGUCAGGAAUUAAUUGGGUAAUGCCGCACUAGAUCCUGCAUCAGGAACGUAACUGGUGAAUGGGAGGCAUUUAUAUCAUCUGUGUUCGUCGUCAAUCCUCUGAUUUUAUUUUUAUUUUUUUCUCGGGAAGAACAGCAUGUGUCUUGUGUUCAUUCGCAAAUCCUGGAGGCUGGUGGCGCUGGCAAUGGAGCUGCUACUGCCCUUAUCUUUUACAGGGGACAGUUGUUUGCCGGAUAUUCUGAUGGCUCGAUUAAGGUAAUCUCUUGUCAUGCACAGAUCUGGUUAAAAUAAUCGUACCCGUUGUUGACCAAACAGAGAAGACCGAGCUGUUUCCAUGGGAUCAAUUCCAUGCCAAGGUUCUAUCUAACAUCGACUGUGGAAUAAAAAUAGGUCUGGGAAAUCAAAGGACAGACGACUAAGCUGUUGUUGGCGGUCAGGGAGCACAAAAAGGCGGUGACUUGCUUUGCUCUCGCGGAGCCUGGAAACCUCCUGAGUGGAUCAGCGGAUAGAACCAUUCGGGUAAUUGUUAGCGACACUUGGUUCAUGAAGCCGGCAGCCAGGGCCCUCCACGGAAGGCAUCCUAUUAAUGGACUGGAACUGAUUACCUAGGGACCUCCUGUGGAAGAAGAUGAUCUAACAUCGGCCUGUGGCUACCCGUUGCAGGUUUGGCAGAUGGUUCAGAGGAAACUGGAAUGCCUGGGGACGAUCGAUAUGAAGAGACCAGUUCAAAAGCUUGAAUCCUACGGGGACAUGAUUUUCGCCAUUACACAGAGCCGUGGCCUCAAGGUGCCCGAACCCAUGCAGCAACCGAUGGCAUCAUAAUCAUAACUAUAGCCUUUUAUUUACACGGUGGUCGUUGAAUUUUUAGGUCUGCCGCUCAUCAAAAAUCGUGCAAACCUUUUGCAAGAACAAGUACUUGCGGUGCGUGGCGAUUUCUCAGGGCAAGAUCUACGUCGGGUGCACAGACUCCAGCAUACAGGUUAGCCAGAUGGCCGGUGUUCUUCCCAUCUGAUUGAAUGCAGCCCGCGCAAGUGCUUGCUUCUGUGGGUUUGAACAUUCGUUCUUCAGGAGAUAGAUGUCGUCGAUGGUCGGAAGGAAGAGAUCAAGCCGCCAACAAAUGGCUGGACGAUGAACAACAGGCCCGUGAGCUCGCUCGUUUUCUACAAGGGCUGGGUUUACCACGCAGGUAGCAGCGUUGAAGGGUCGAAAUUUAAGGUAAAGAUCGCGCAGAACCAGGCGGGUUCUUUGAAAGGGGCCACCGAAUGUAGAGCGAUGUGACUGUGUUUUGGCUGUCGGGGUUUGAAAUGCAGGAUUGGAGGAGACGAAGCAAGCCCGACGUCAGAAUAGGGAUGCCCCGAGGGAGUGGCGUGUUGGAGAUGGCCGUGAUCGAAGACUUCAUUUACCUGACCAGCAGCUCCUCUCCGAGCACGCUCCAGGUAAUUUCCUGGCUUCCCUCGGUUAUCCACAGUUUUUGGACAGAAAGCACAGCUCUUCUCAUCAUAAAUUAGGGUUAUUGUGGGUUCAGAUAUGGUUGAGAGGACAACAGAAGAAGGUAGGGAGGCUAUCAGCGGGCAGCAAGAUUGUCAGCCUCCUCACAGCCAACGACAUCGUUCUGUGCGGCACCGAAAACGGGUUGAUCAAGGUACUGUUUGUUGAUCGUGUCCUGUCUGUGUUCAUGCCUUCUUGAGUUCCUUAAUCUUCUGCUUGGGUUUGGUGUUUAGUUUACUGUGUGAUGACUUCCCGUCGACUCGCAGGGCUGGAUCCCUCUGUGA